CCCUGGCCGUGAUCCACGCGUAGGCGGGCUCGACUGCCGGCGACGAGCCGCGCUCCUGAAAAAUACAUUGUCGAACUAUUCCAUGGGCAAUGGAAGUCUUUGCGUCAGAUCCGGGUCUCGUCUCAGCGAGUGCUCAACCUUCCUGGCCCUCGCCCGCUGAAACCUUUCGCCUUGCGCACUGCACUGCCACCAACACCGUGCAGGAAGGCUCGACGCCUCGCGCAUGGUGCACCCAGCUGAGUUGAGCUUGUGUCUCGCCCGACCGACUGCGCGGCGGCACGCUAGCUGUCCCUCCUCCCCCAAUGCAGCCCAGGCUCUUUCCCAGCAGCCAAGUCGAGUCUCGCCGACCAACAAGACAGACUCAGACAUUGCCCUCUGGUCGCGUCGCUCGCCUGCGCACCUCCUCCAUCGCCCAACCGCCCGCCCACCUCGCCAAAGCACGAACGCCCUUCUACUCCGACUCGUCGCCCAACUCGCCCUUCUCGCCAUACUCAGACAUGGCGACCACACGCCCCCGAGCCGCCUCCGGCUCGGAGGAGCGCAAGCCCUACCUCGACCAGCCCCCGCCGUCGCCCGCCUUUACGUCGUCGUCCUUCACCUCGACCAUUGACCUCGAGAGCAUGGACGACCUGCCCCCGACCGACAAGAGAUACUACCACAACCCCAGCAGACGAAGACCCUACAGCCUGGCCGUGUGGGCCCGUGCCAGGCUACGAAAGGCCCGACGAAGCCUCCGCAGACACCCGUUGCAGGCACUUGUGCUCUGCCUCCGAUGCCUCGUUCCCGUCGUCCUCACCGUCCUGAUCCUCACCCCGCUCUUCGCCCCUUCAUAUCUUCGACCGCCCUCACACUAUCGCGAGCUCAAGGCCCGGUGCCAUGGCAAGGCGGCAGAGCCCGCGUGCGCGAACCCCUUCCACGAGAAGGUGUUCAUAUCUGUUAGCCUCUACGAUAAAGGGGGCCAUCUGACUGCCGGCCAAUGGGGCAAGGCGGUCCUCGAGUUGAUACACCUAAUCGGCGCCUCCAAUGUCUUCCUGAGCAUAUACCAGAACGACAGCGGCCCCGAGGGUGCUGCGGCCCUCGAGCAGUUCCGAAGAAGGGUGCCGUGUCGGCACUCGAUCGUCAACGACAACCACGUCGGGCUGUCCGACUUUCCAAACGUCACAAUGCCAGACGGCACGCAGAGGACCAAGCGCCUCGCUUACCUAUCCGAGAUGCGCAACCGGGCGCUGUGGCCGCUAGAUCGGCUCAAUGCCCAAGAGGGCGUGGUGCCGUUCGACAAGAUCCUGUUCCUCAACGACGUCGCGUUCCGCCCCGUGGAUGCGGCGCAGCUGCUUUUCAGCACCAACAUCGGCCCCGACGGCCGGACACGCUAUCUGUCGACGUGCGCCCUCGACUUCUUCCACCCGCUCAUGUUCUACGACCUGUACGCACAGCGCGACUCCGAGGGCUACUCCAACGGCCUUCCCAUAUUUCCUAUUUUCAGCCGCUCAGGGCAUGGCACCUCCCGGGCCGCCGUUCUGGCCCAGAAGGACGCGGUCCCUGUCAGCUCCUGCUGGGGCGGCAUGGUGGCCAUGCAGGCGCGAUACGUGCAGAACCUGACUCCAGAGCUGCCUCGUCCCGACUUCCGCGACAUCGGCGCCCACGUCAUCGACCCGGCACAACCCCGAAAUGUCUCGACCCCGAUCCGGUUCCGGCACGAGCCCGAGGUCUACUUUGAUGCGUGCGAAUGCUGCCUCUUCCACGCAGACGUGGCCCAAGUGGCUCGGCAAGCCGAUGCCAAAGAUACGGAAAUCUUUGUGAACCCAUAUGUGCGCGUCGCCUACAGCUGGAAGGUUCUCAGCUGGCUGCCUGUUGUGCAGCGGUGGGAGCGCCUAUUCUCGGUACCGCAGCGGCUGCUCAGCCCAAUGGUCGGACUGCCGACGCACAACCCACACCGCACCGUGCAGGAGGGCGACGGUUUCGUCGAGGAGAUCUGGGACACGCAAGAGAAGCGUUGGCGGCUUGUACAGCGAGUCGGCCGCAACGGUCUCUUCUGUGGCGUGCGCGAGAUGCAGCUCGUGAUGCAAAGCGAGCGCGCCGAGGACGUCAACUGGAUCAAUACGCAGAUGCCUCCUGGCCAGACGCUGAACUUUCCGACAUGAGAACAAGAAAAACGAAGCAUAAGACAAAUCACGGGCAAGAACAUGAGUAAUCAAGGGAGAAGAAAAAAAACAUGAAGUAAAGGGCAGGGCUGGCUACCUUACGAGGAAGGCAGAAAUGCGGUAUCAAUACGAGAUCAUGGUGCAUCAAGACCUACAAGGUAGGCAACUUCCCGGCCUCGCCACGAAUGGCCUGGCCAGUCGGCACGGGUGGCCCGGUAUGGGUGCCACUGAGAGUCCGUCCGGCCUGGUGCCAAGCCGGCCCCCGCUAAUGCUUAAUGCCGUCUUCCGAAGGGCGGCCUGCCUCUCGCUCUUGUACAUUUUUUUUUAAAGAAAAAAACCAUUGUCGGGUGUUCCGGGCGCACGUCAGGUUUGCGUUGAUUGGGUAUACACAUUUCUUUUUUAAUUGGCUUCUGCUGUCACUUCUUUGUCCUACUUUUAUUGCCACCCCAGCACGGCUGCUACGCCCUGUCUUAUUAGUCCCUGACGGUCUAUUGACCUGUUCCCUUGCCUCGAUAUAUACAUACUAGACACUGGCGGUGCUGAGGAACGUAGGAUAUCAGACCGAAUCAAGCUAUUUACAAGCUCAGAUACUAUUGUCGACUUUAUGACGAGCCGCGCUGUUUUCUAAGACUUUGCAGUCGUUUUGGC